GCCGCACCGUAAAAGUCCGACGGCCAUAUUGACUGACUGCAUCUCCUCCUCCGCGGUGAAACUGGCUCAGUCGCUUUAUACAUAGCGGGGUGUCUAACGGGAAACAACUCGGUCUAUUUUGGUCGCGUGGGAUUUAAAGUAGGCUACCCAGUGGGCCCGGGGAGACAGUUUACCGUUUUUAGAACGCAGUUCAACUGAUCAACUGAGAGCCUCAUUGUUUCUGCAUGAAUGGUGACCUGGAAGCUGUGUCCGUUUGAGAGUGACCCUCCGGCUUUGGGUGAAUAGAGGGGUCAGGCGGUGGAGCCCAGGGCGAGGCAACGAGGCGGAGGACCUUUUGUUUGCAUUUUCUCAGCGGAAGGGCAAGGCUGGAGAGAGGACAAAGAUGCCCAAACCGUUAGGAUGAUGUCUCUUUGGCCCAGGCUGUGGGGAUUAGCUCUGUUGGACCUGGAGAUAAUGGGACUGCCUCGAUGGAGAGGGGAAGGACGGGAGAGGCCUGAGGGUAGAUAAGAAGUGGAGAUGACAGGAAAGGCGAUGAAAAGAAAGGACUGGAUUGGUGAGAGGAAGGCAGAGAGGAGAAAGGAAGAGGGGACAGGAGUGAUCAAUGUGCGUGUCACCACCAUGGAUGCAGAGCUGGAGUUUGCCAUUCAGCCCAACACCACCGGCAAACAGCUCUUUGACCAGGUGGUGAAGACAGUGGGCCUCCGGGAGGUGUGGUUCUUUGGCCUGCAGUACACAGACAGUAAAGGUUACAGCACGUGGCUCAAACUCAAUAAGAAGGUGACGCAGCAGGAUGUAAAAAAGGAGAACCCUCUGCAGUUCAAGUUCAGAGCCAAGUUCUUCCCUGAGGACGUGUCUGAGGAACUCAUCCAGGAGAUUACGCAGAGACUCUUCUUCCUGCAGGUGAAGGAGGCCAUCCUGAACGAUGAGAACUACUGUCCUCCAGAGACUGCCGUGUUGCUGGCCUCCUACUCUGUCCAGGCCAAGUAUGCAGACUACAACAGAGACGUCCACAAGCCUGGUUACCUCACCUCCGACCGCCUGCUGCCACAGAGAGUGUUGGAGCAGCAUAAGUUGACUAAGGAACAGUGGGAGGACAGAAUACAGACCUGGCAUGAGGAACACACAGGCAUGCUCAGAGAGGACUCAGUGAUGGAGUAUCUGAAGAUAGCCCAGGACCUGGAAAUGUAUGGAGUGAACUACUUUGAGAUCAAGAACAAGAAGGGAACCGAGUUGUGGCUGGGUGUGGAUGCACUGGGACUCAAUAUCUACGAACAUGAGGACAAGUUGACACCAAAGAUUGGCUUCCCCUGGAGCGAGAUCAGAAACAUCUCCUUCAAUGACAAAAAGUUUGUCAUCAAACCCAUCGACAAGAAAGCCCCAGACUUUGUGUUCUACGCGCCACGGUUGCGGAUCAACAAGCGUGUCCUGGCGCUGUGCAUGGGGAACCACGAACUGUACAUGAGGAGGAGGAAGCCUGACACCAUCGAGGUGCAGCAGAUGAAGGCCCAGGCCCGGGAGGAGAAACACCACAAACAGAUGGAGAGAGCCCAGCUAGAAAACGAGAAGAAAAAACGAGCGCACGCAGAGAAAGAGAGGGAGAAGAUGGAGAAAGAGAAGGAUGAGCUGAUCGAGAGACUCAAACAGAUUGAGGAACAGACGCUAAAGGCCCAGAAAGAGCUGGAGGAUCAGACACGCAGGGCCCUGGAGUUGGACCAGGAGAGGAAGAGAGCGAAGGAGGAGGCAGAGAGGUUGGAGAAAGAGAAACAGGCAGCAGAGGAGGCCAAGGCAGCGCUGGUUCAACAGGCUGCUGACCAGAUGAAGAACCAGGAACAACUGGCCGCUGAGCUAGGAGAAUUCACCGCCAAAAUCGCUCUGCUUGAGGAGGCCAAAAGGAAAAAGGAAGAGGAAGCGACAGAAUGGCAACACAAAGCCAUCUCAGCCCAGGAGGACCUGGAGAAGACUAAAGAGGAGCUGAAGUCUGUGAUGUCAUCACCCCCUGCGCCAGAGCACGAUGAGGAGGAUGAGACAAACGCUGAGGGUAGCACCGAGCUGCACAGUGAUGGGGUCACCAGCCACCACAGCGAGGAGGAACGUAUCACAGAGGCCCAGAAGAACGAACGCGUCAAGGAACAGCUGCAGGCUCUGAGUUCAGAGUUGGCCCAGGCGAGGGACGACACCAAGAAGACCCAGAAUGACAUGCUACAUGCGGAGAACGUGAAGGCUGGGAGGGACAAGUACAAGACCCUGCGUCAGAUCCGCCAGGGCAACACCAAGCAGCGCAUCGACGAGUUUGAGUCCAUGUGAGAGACCUCACCCUCCCACCCUUACAUUGCCACUACAACGGCUCGUUUUUGUGUACAGCAAAACCUGCCCGUUCCCGUCCCAUUCCCCCAAAUCCCUACUUGCAAAAAAGGCCAGAGGUGUGUGGAUUCAAUGUCCCGCUAACUAUGCCUUGCCAAAGCUCUGCCCACUAGCGGAUGGCCAAUCAAACUGCUCCAUGCUUAGAGCUCUGCCUAACCACAUCUGGAAUCGCCUAAUCUGGAAUGGCAAGCAACAUACUGUCGAAGCGAACUUCUCCAUGAGCAAAGGAUAAUUUAAUGCUUGCAUGUCUGAUGUAAGAAUGGAUAGAGAAAUUGGUUGAUAUCUUGCUUUUAUUGAGAGGGAACAAUUGCAGUUUAACUUUUUGAUGUCACUGGCAAGCUUGUAUGUAAAGCUUUAAAUACCGUACCUUACCGUUUAUUUGUUUGCCAUUAGAUGAAGAAUUCUAAUAGUUUUCUUUUUUUAACAAAACAGCCUUAUUUGCCUCAUUUAAUUUCGGCUUCAUAUUUAACUGUGGUGAGUUAGCUGUUCUCUAGUCAGUCAUGGGUCAGCUGGUGUUGAACCAGUGGUUUAAUUCCUCCAGAAUUUGACAAUAGCGUUUAUCUGUUCGUUCUGACCUAUACCUUUGUGUCGUUUAUCGUCCAUUGAAGCAUUUACCAUUUAUUUAUUUUCGUUCACAAUAAAGAUUCCAUGUAUAUUUCUUA